AUGGAAUAUGUUCGAUCAAUAAAUUUCUUUCCUAGCAUUGCAAAUUAUUUCAAGUCGUUUUUUGAAGCGAAGGAGCAUUUAGAAACCAGCAAACAAAGCUCCUUCUGUCUGCGCCAUCGAACUUAUGCGGAUAAGGCAUCUGCAAAUUCAUCAUUUAAAUGCCCUUAUUCAUUGAUUGAGGAUUCUAUCAAAAUUAAAGAUGGUAUAAUUUCAGGAUAUAUUAUUAAUUCUGAAAACAAUUUAGAAUUUAUUUUCGAAUUAUAUAUACUGGAAAUUGGUGCAGUAAGAAUUCGAAUUAAUGAAAAGAAUCCUUUAAAACCUCGUUAUGAUAAAGUAAAAGAUUGGGUCCUUGUUCAAGAUCCAUUAACUACUUUAAAAUAUAAUCUAAUCCCCUCUAAACCGGGGAUUACAGCCUUUUCUUUCGGUGAAGAAAAUAAUAAAACCAUUUCAAUUUACAAUUCUCCGUUUCAAGUUGAAAUUCUGGUUAAUGACAUACCUACAAUCAUAUUAAAUGAUCGUUGCCUCUUAAAUUUUGAACAUUUAAGAGAAGAGGAACAAAAUAUAGAAUCUCUCAUUCCGACUAAUCAAUGUAACGGUGAAAAUUCAAUCCAUAAGGUAGAAACUUUCGGGAACAAUUUAAACACAAAAUCGAAUGGUAAAUUUCAGUCGAAGGAUAUAAAAAAUCAUAGUAAAAGUCAGCAUAGAAUUAGGUUUUCAAAAGGUCCGGGAUCCAUCGGACUUGAUAUCUCAUUUCCAGGGUUUAACCAUGUAUACGGAAUUCCUGAACAUACAUCACCACUUUCAUUGAAAGAGACACGAGGAGGUAUUGAUGCCUACUCUGAUCCUUAUCGCAUGUAUAAUUUAGAUGUAUUUAGAUAUGAAAUAGACUGCCCGAAGGCAAUUUAUGGAUCUAUUCCGUUUAUGAUGGCGCAUCGAAAAGGAGCAUCAGCGGCUAUUUUAUGGUUAAAUGCAUCCGAAACAUAUAUUGAUAUAACUAAGAGUAAAGAGAAUGAGCAUAAUCUUUCCGGCAAAUUUAUUCAUUCGACCAAUACUCAUUGGUUUUCUGAGUCGGGCAUUAUCGAUGUAUUUACUUUUCUUGGCAACACUUCUUCCGAAAUCUUCCGCCAGUAUGGAUUACUCACUGGAUUCACGGCACUGCCUCAAUAUUUUGCGAUUGGCUAUCAUCAGUGUCGUUAUAGUUAUCUCAGCCAGAAAGAUGUUGCAAAAGUAGACGAAGGAUUUGACGAGCAUGAUAUUCCCUAUGAUGUUUUAUGGUUAGAUAUUGAUCAUACUGAUGGGAAAAAAUAUUUUACGUGGAACACUUAUAAUUUUCCAGAUCCUGAAAAAAUGCAAAAAGAUCUUAUGGCAAAAGGACGAAAGAUGGUAGCGAUCAUUGAUCCGCAUAUCAAACGAGAUAAAAAUUAUUAUAUAUACAAAGAAGCCAACGAUCUAGAUCUUUUUGUCAAAGAUUCUCAUGGUAGUUCCUCGUGGGUAGAUUAUACUAAUCCUUCGGCUCAAGAAUG